CUGUCUGUCCACCUCCUGAAGGAUACUGUCAGGAGCGCCAGGGAAGAAGGAGAGCUGCUCACAUUUGGACUCCAAAAGGGUUGGACUGGACCCAAACUCCGCUUAAGUCAGUGGGACUGGCAUUGAAUCAUUCCUCCCGUGUCUGGCAGGAUGCUCCGCAGACACAGAGGUGGCAAAGCCCUGGCCCAAGAAGCUUACGCUGCACCAGAGGCAUCAGCGACCAGCAGCAGGCCAUGUUAAGAAGGAAGACAGGGAUGGUCAGCAGCCAUGGGCAGAGAGACUGAAAACAGAUCGCUGAAGCCAUUUUGUUUAGUGUAUCUAUCUUAACCGCUUUUUUUUUUUACCACCCUCUGAAUUCUUUUUGGUUUAAUACAGUCAAAGAGAGUCGGGAUGGAGAUUAGCAGUAGGAAGGUCGUCAAAAAAGUGAGGCCCGAUGGAAGAUCCGAAAAUGGUGGUGGAUUGGGACCUCCUGACCGUGCUGCGAGGUCGGGUGAGGUGGCAAUGGAGGCCCGGCAGCUGGCACGCCAUUGUCAAGGCUCCAGAAGCGGGCUGAGUGAAUAUAAGAGAAACUUCAAAUGGAAAACCCCAGAGUUUUGUAGCCCAUCCCAACAGCAGAAAUCGUUGUGGGCAGGACUUCGGUCGGAUCAGUUUGGAAUCACCAGAGAACCAAACUUCAUUUCCAAGAGAAGAGUACCUCACCAUGAUCCGCAAAUUUCAAAGUCCUUUGAAUGGACAGCAGACUGUGAUUUGAAUGACCCACUUGAAAGUGAAGCUCCUAGGACUGCAGAGUUGCACACAGACCACAACAACAAUGAUGUGAAUCAGGAAGAAAUUGAAACACCAGAAGGACCCAGACUUCCCCCACAAGUUCAGUCACAUUCAGCAGAUUCUCCAGGUGAAACAGUUCUUGCCCUUGCAGAAAACAACAUGAAGAGAUUGCCUUCUGCAGCUCCACCAAAUCAAAAUGAAGCAUUUUCAUCUCCGAAAAAGGAAUUGCAAAAAAUGAGUAAUGGGCUUCAGAGAGUCCUUCAGAGGAAAGCAGGCAUAAAUAUUUCACGUUUAAAUACAUUCCCCAGAAGUUCUGAAUAUCAAAGCCAAUUUGUUUGGAAGAGUCCUCGUGAAAGGUCACCAAUACUUGCAGCUGAACAGGUUAUUUGCAGCACAGGUAAAUCCAUACCUCCGUUUAAAUCUCCAGCAAUUACUUCUGAAACUGCACAUGAGAGAAAUUUCAAAGGGUCUCAUCCUGUUAAGGGCCUGCACGAGACAGGUGGUUCAGAAGAGAAAGAAUUUCCGGUUUGUGAACAAAGUAAGAGGGAAGAACCGUUUCAAAAGCCAGGAGAAGAUGCAGCAAAACAAGGGAAAUCAGAACAGAAACAUCCUAAACAAAAAAAUAAGCAACAUAUCAGUCCAAAGCCCCUCUCUUUACAUACAAGUCGUGGGAAGAUGAACACUGAAUAUAGGUCAAAAUUUUUGUCUCCAGCCCAGUAUUUCUACAAAGAUGGAGUCUGGUCUCGUAUCAGGAGUAAAGUUCCCAACCAGGCUUCCCAGAACACCCUAAAUUCCAUGUGGUAUAUGGAGGUGAGAGAACUUCGAGAAAGAGCAAAGGCUUACAGGCAACGAGUGGAGGGAACACACUUCUCCCGAUACCAUCUCAACCAGAUCCUGUCAGAUAACAACAGUCUGUGGGAUGUGUCCUCAAAUUCCAGUUCAGAAGAAGGCAUCAGCAACAACAUCAGAGCCCUAGAUCUUGCUGGAGUUUCUGAAAAAGACACUGCACCAAGCCCCAAAAUGCUGCAGCAACCUGCCCCCAAAGAACAACCCUGCCAGGACAGCACUGAGAAGAAAGACAUGUCAGAUGCUUUAACUGUUCCAGUCAAAAGGCAUUUAGUUUGGGGUGAACAAGAAGGUACCGAAGAAGGGGAAAACCAACCACCAACAGAGGAGGAAGAAAACCGAGAUGAACAGGCUGAAGUCAUGGCUCAUCAGUUAGAAGAAAACAAUAAGGAUGCCAAUGAAGACAAAAGUGAAGGUGAGAAUGCAUUAGUGUUGAAUUCAGCUGUGUCAGAGUCUUCUUCUGUAUCCUCAAGGACAGGUGGGAGGCUUCCUACUCCAAAGCUGAGAGCACUUGGUGGAGCUCAGAGGACUCAUCAUGAUCUCACUACCCCAGCUGUUGGAGGUGCGGUUCUAGUGUCUCCUCCUAAAUUCAAGUCUUCGUCUUCACAGCGGAGAACACGAGGUUUGGGAACAGACCUUUCUUCAGCUAAACAAGGUGCAAGAGAAGCUGCAAAAAGAAGGUCCUUCCGGCCUGAUGUAGAAGUGGAAGGUGUUUCACUCCUUAACUCUCCACCUGCUGGCCUGGGAACUUUGGAUCCUCUGCCACUUAGGCAGGAUCAGUGGCCUCCUAACAGUGUUUCUGAUGAGCAAGUUCCUCUUGCUUCAGCCCACCAAGAGCGUUCCUCUACACCUCCUGUGCUGAAGUCAGCCAAAAGCUGCUCUGUGCCUUGCUGGAGUCCCUCUCGUCGUAUUCAAGGGACUCUGAAGGAUCCUGAAUUCCAGCAUAAUGGGAAUGUUGGCAGUCCAAGAAUGAAAUCUUUCCAGUUACCCCUUCAGGAAAGAAAUUAUAAUGAUGAAGAUGAUAGGUUGUCUCAGAUUUCUGCUCGCUCGGCAGCAUCUAGCUCGCUUGCAUCUCAGAUACUGGAACGAGCUCAGAAGAGGAAGGAUUUCUGGGGCAAGACAUAAUCUUUUCCGCCUGUUGUAUAGAAACUGUUCUGUAAAAUGAUAUAUUUUUUUUACAGUUUGUAGUGUACAUUUUUAAAAAUUGUGAUUAUAGAUAUCAUGCAGCAUCCUUUCACCUAUUACUAAUACGGCCCAACUUUUAGGACUUUCCAUCCCUAUUUAAAAUUUCAAUAUUUAAACCAGUGUUGAAAAUGUAGGUCCUUAUAUCUGAGGAUGUCUUUAUUCACCAUGUCACAAAAACCAUGUGGGGUUUUAUUUUUUUUUUUACAGUGGCACCUCUUGAAACUGAAAUAAAUUUUUUAUGCAACCCGUGUGUUACUUUUCAAGGUAUUCUGUUGCAGUCAUUCAGUAUGACCUGGGACAGUAUUCAGGGGCAACACCAUCAUUCACCAAACACCUCAGCUGCUUGAUUUCAACCAGCUAUCUUAAAGGCAACUGUGGUAUAUUUGUUUAUGGUACUGUAUGAAUUGUCAGUACGACCCAGUGCUGUAACAAAAAGUUACUUUUUCUACUCUCUUCUUUUAAUCUUUUACCAGAAGAUUCUUACUAUUACUUCGUGAAGCUAACAUGGAACACACAGGAGUUUGAGAAAAGGACACUAAGGUUUAGAGUUUGUUCAUUGUCCGCAGUUUUUUACCCAGGAUACCUAUUAGAGUUCAAUGCAUACAGUAACGCAGUUUGUCAGAUGUACUGACAUGAACAUUUGUCUUUUUGUGGGCAAGACCUGUGUUUAGUGUUAACUUCAACUUCUCUAGAAAAAGCAACCUCAGCCACCUUAAACAGUGGCCUUCCCCAGCCCCACUUCAAACUCAGGUAUUUAGGAGUAGUUGAUCUCGUGAAAAAAACCUGAGUUUACUUUUUGACAGUUUAAUUACCUCUGCUUCUAGUUGCCUGUUUCUGGGAGACUGACACACUGUUACGAUUGUCACAGUGAAAAAUGUUUGUGAUUUAUGCUGACAGCUUGUUUUACCUUUCCAAGCAAUGCAAAUAAGUUAACGUGAAAUAGAGGAAAUAGGUGUCUAGCAGGCAGUUUGGUUCUUCUUGUGUGGCUUCAAGGUUUACUAUUACUUCAUUUGGAAAUUUUAUACAAGAACAAUUUGAAUUUUGUAUACAUUUGAUUGCAUUUCAAUUUUGUACACAAUUAUGUAUGCAUAUUACUGAAAAUAAAAAAGGUUGUUUGAUUUGUUUCUAUUCAA